AUGCAGCACACCACGUGCACAGAGGACAGGAUCUACCAUGCACUGGAAAGAUGUUUACAUGGGCUUAGCAGAGAUGCUGUCUCCAGCAGAUGGGCUGCUGGGCUGUGCCUGAACUGCUGGAGCCUGCAGGAGCUGGUGAGCCGAGAUGCUGGCAACUACCUCAUCCUCGUGGAGAAAAUCCUCAGCAAGGCCAAAGAGGUGCAGGAGAAGUGCGACUACGAUCUCGUAACGCCCCUGGCUCUGCUCUUCUACUAUGCGGUCCUGUAUGCUCCCCACUUCCCACCGGGCUCCGACCUGCUCCUGAAGGCCGCCAGCAUAUACCAUGGCUUCCUGACCUGGCCCGUGCCCUACUGCGACAUCUUCCGCGAGCUGCUCACCUUCAUCAGUGACGAGCUCAAGGCACCCGGGAUCUCCUUCCAGAGGCUGGUGAGGACGGAGCAGGGGCUACCCGUGAAGAACUACCAGAGCUCCACCGUGACGGUGUUGCUGCUCAAUGGCUCCGAGGUGCAGAGCGAGUUCCUCUCCAUCGCUGAGAAGCUGAGCGCCAGUGAGCACCCACAGUGCGCCACGCUCGUAGUGCUCCUCAAGCACCUCUACCAGGCCAACUUUGGCACCUGCUGCGACCUGGACAGCCUGCACCACCUCCUGAAGUCCAAGACACUGGAAGAGCUCUCAGAGAUCUACGCCAGCGCUGCCGACGCACAGGAGAUUGCAGCUGCCAGCAGCGACCCUGUCCCAGCCCGGGAGCGGCUGCAGUCUGUGCUGCGGGACAUUGCCGGGGCCGCAUCCUUUCCUGCCAUUGCGAGCGAGGCUCAGCCCCGCAAACUCCACACCAUCCCCAUCCCCGCCGCUCGCUGCUACACUUACAGCUGGGAUGAGGAUAACUUUGAUAUCCUCAAUGAUGUCCUCAGCAAAGAGUGCAGCGUUGUCGAGCCCAUGGCCUCGGAGAAUGAGGAGGAGGACGAAGAGGAGGAGGUGGAAACCGAUGGCUGUUCCCCUGAACGGGACUCGCUGCUUUCCCCCAUCUGUGCCAUUUCCAAAGACUCAGUGUACUCAGCGCUGUCGGAGGAGGUAUCUAAGCCCUCACGAGUGUCCCUCUUCACCACCUCCAAGGAUUCCAUCUCGGAGCUGACAGUAGUCUCCAGAAAGUCCCUGAAGUCGUUCGUCUCCAGCCUGAAGGACUGCAUGGACAGCGGGUAUGCGGAGGACAGCGACGAGAGCUCCCUGGACAUGGUGGGGAGGCCAGAGCUGAAGGUAGUAGAGAAGACCCACCACAAAUACAGGCACACGCUGACCAACAAGAUCUACAAACUGUUCAAGAGCAAAAGCCAGCUGGUCUUGAGGAGGGACCUGAAGGACUGCCCGGACACGGGCUUGCUCUCACUGCCCCUGCGCCGGGCUGAGAGCCUGUGCACUCCCCAGGCCAAGCACCGCGUCCUGGCACGCUCCCGGCGCGCUCACUCACUGCCACAGCAUGUCCUGAGCCAGCGGCUGCCAGCCCCGCUCGCCCCGCGGCACCUCAGCCUCCACCGACGGCCCUUCCUCAGCUACGACGAGGAUGCCAAGGUGUCCACGCUGCGUGUUGUGGUCUUUGGCUCUGACCGCAUCUCAGGGAAAGUGGCCCGAGCCUACAGCAACCUCAGGCUCAAGGAGAGCACCUGCCCCUCACUGACAAGGUACUUCAAGCUGCAGUUUUUCUACGUCCCCGUGAAGAGGAGCUGCUUGGCUCCAUCGGCCCUGCUGAUGCAUCCUUCCCCAUUCUUGGGGGAUCCGCAGCUCCGGGCCUCAGCACAGGCAGAUCCCACCUUGGCUGGGAUGGAGAGCAGCACCAACGACAUCUCCCACUACAUCGGCAUGUUGGACCCAUGGUACGAGCGCAACGUUCUUGGGCUGAUGAACCUGCCCAUGGAUGUCCUGUGUCAGUCUGCCAAGCUGGAGGCUGAGCCCCAGGAGGACUCCCAGGAGCAGCUGCCUAUCCUGGCUGACAUGAUCCUCUACUACUGCCGCUUUGCCACGCGCCCCAUCCUGCUGCAGCUCUACCAGACAGAGCUCACUUUCGUUGGGGGAGAAAAGAUGACCGAAGUCUUCAUCCAUUCCCUCGAGCUGGGCCACUCGGCGGCCACGCGGGCCAUCAAGGCAUCAGGUCCAGGCAGCAAAAGGCUGGGCAUAGAUGGAGACAGAGAAGCAAUCCCACUAACACUACAGAUCGCCUAUAGCAAGACAGCCAUCAGUGGAAGAAGUCACUGGAAUGAUGUCGAGAAGGUCUGCACAUCCGUCAACCUUAGCAAAGCCUGCAAGAAGUAUGAAGAACUAGCCUCAAAGACAGAGUGUCUCAACUUAACCAUGACAGAGGUAGUCAAAAGGCAAAACUCCAAAUCCAAAAAAAGUUUCAAUCAGAUCAGUGUGUCCCAGAUAAAAGUAGACAAGGUCCAGAUUAUCGGUGUCCAGUCCUCCUUCGCCGUGUGCCUGGACCAGGAUGAGCAGAAGAUCCUGCAGAGUGUAACCAGGUGUGAGAUCUCUGUGUGCUACAAACCCAGGGACAUCGAUCUCUUUGCACUGAGAAGGUCAAGGUCUUUGCCUCCCCAGGACCCUUCCGAGUUUCAUUCUCUCCUGUGUCUACCCAUUGCCACCUUCAGUGGAGCACUGCCGUAGAAGAACCCUGUGUCCUCUCAGACCAGACUCCCAUCCAACACCAAUAUAGGCUCAGGAAAAGGAAGUUGACUGUCCUCCUUUGGGCUUUAGACCCAGCCGUUCUUGUCCAAGACAUCCCACAGCCAAAGCGUUAGCGUGGUUGCUGAGCUGCUCCUGGUCUGUGUUUAGCCCGUCCUUGGGAAAUGGGAACAUUGGUGUUGUGCUCUGGUAUUUCUCAGGGUUCCUCAGCAGUGGGAGGAAAGUGGUUUCCUUGAGAUCUCCACCUGGUUCAGCAGACUGCCAACACCUGGACUGAGAGGGCAGGGCAAGGCAAGGACAGUGAUACUUUCCUGCCAGCAAAUGGUGCUGUGGCUGUAUUUGACAGUGACUGCAAGGCCAGUGUGAU